AUGAACAACGAGAAUAAUCUUGCUACAUUACCUCCGAUCAGCACUUCAGAGCAUCUCUCUAAGGAAGAGGAAGAAGAGGAUGAAAAGCAGGAGACCCCGCUCGGGGUUUCCUCUGCUCAUGAACCUCAAGCUCACUCUGUUUCUCUUAAGGAAGGUGGCCAAAACGACAAUGUCGAAGAAGUCAAAGAUGAUGUAUAUUAUGAGAGAUUGCAGAAGGAAAAGCUUGAAGAAGAACUCGCUCAUUUAGGAAAAGACAACUGGUUUACAAAAUUUAUCGUUCAGAAAACCUGGAUAGUAGUGUUGGCUACAAUAGUUUUCGCAAUUGUGAUGACAGUCACCUGAAUUGCCCUUGGAGGGUUUGAACUUUCUGAUGAACAUGAUAGAGAUUACAUGGUAUGGGACUCUAUCCAGAUGAAAAAUUGGGACAUGCUAGAGUUAUCCAAAGAAGCUGUCCAGACCAACUAUGCUGGUGGUAUCCAACCUCUGAGAACCACUAGUAUCGAUAAAUGGACUACAAGUAUCACCUUCGAGUGUAAAAAUUGCUCGACUAUCCUCACUGCUGACUACAUUAAAGAAAUGUAUGCUGUUGAGCAAGCGAUCAUCAGUGAUGCUAACUUUGCUAACUUCUGAUUGGCUGUGAGUAGCACAGACUCAAGCUGUGACAUGUCAAGGAGUUACUACUCUUUUUCUAAGAAUUUUGCUUCCAAUAUCAACACUCUGACUCAAGCUGAUGUUGAUACUUACCUAGCUAACAUCAGAGCAAGUGAGAGCUUGUACUUCCAGAACAAUGUGUUUAUGGAAACUCAAUUCACUCAGAACAACACUAUUUCUCAGAAAGCAAGAGCCAUCUAUGUUUUUGCAGGCCCAAUCGAGAUCGAUGGUAAGAGAUGGAAGACUUACACUGAUGAUGAAGCUGGACAAGAGGAAAAAAUGGCUGACUUCUCCUUAGAUUUGGAGAAAAGAUUCAAGACUGUCAAUACUAGCCUUAAAGUUCAACUUUAUAACAGAGCCUGGGCAAAUUAUAAAGAAGCUGAAACUACAAUAAACGACUUCAGUCUUAUUAUAGUUUCAUUUACAUUUGUCUUCAUUUAUGUCAGUUUCCAUCUCAAAAGUAUCUUCCUUGCUUCCUGUGCCAUGGCUGCUAUUGCAUUCUCCUAUCCAAUCUCUAUCUGCUUGACCAGGUUUGUAUUCCAGAUCAGUUUCUUCCAGUCACUCAACCUAGUUGCUGUAUUUGUAAUCCUCGGUAUCUCUGCUGACAACGUGUUCGUAUUCACCGAUGCAUGGCAACAAUCUGGAACUUACUCUCCUCUGAACCCAGACGAUGAGGAUAGACACAACAACUUCCAGCCAAGGAUGAACUACACCUGGAAGAAAGCUACAAAGGCUAUCUCCACCACUUCUCUGACAACAGCCAUCGCCUUCUUGGCGACUGGGUUUUCGAAGAUCAUGCCGAUCUCUGCUUUCGGGUACUUCGCAUCAACUCUAGUGAUUGUCAACUACUUGUUCGCAAUCGUUACAUUCCCAGCCUGUCUGAUCAUCUUCGAAAGAUAUUUAUCCGACAAGUGCAGGUACCGCAAGUUCAUAGGAGAUGUGUGCACCAGGAUGAUCAAUAAAUGAAGAAAACCUAAAGUUCCUCGCACUCAUAACCAAAGCGAAAGCAGUGAACAUGUAGAGAAUGACAACGUUGAACAGAUUAGAGCUAACAUGUCUCAGCAGAAUGAUGGAGGAGAGGAAGAACAAGAUCUUGAACAGCAAGAAAGAAUUGUAAGGAAGCAAAGCAAGGCUGAAGAACUCCCUGAGCAUGAGCAUAAUACCUUGAACUCUGAAAGAGGCAUUGAGUACUUCUUCAGAGUCUAUUGGAACAACUGGAUCAACAAAGCCAAAAUCAUCAUCCUAGUGUUUGUAGGAAUUUGGGCAGUCCUCGCAAUUUGGAGAAUUACUCAGUUCGAACCUGCAACAGAGGUUAUCCAAAUGCUUCCUGAUAGUCAUUAUGUUACAAAGCUCACAAAUAGUUUAAGGAAUGACUACAAUACUGGUGAAAAUGACAACACUAUUCAAAUCAGCUUUGUCUGGGGUGUCAAAGGCAUCAACAAAGAUGGAGUCAGUAGCUGGGAUGCUGCUGACAGAGGUAAAAUCAUCUGGGAUGACACCUUUGAUAUGUCAUCUCCCACCAACCAGCAACGUAUUUUGACAAUUUGUGAUGACUUACUCAACAGUUCGCUUGUUAAAGACAAGAAAGUCACAUGCUGGGUCAAAGACUUCUUGAUUUAUGCUUCUGGUUCCAAUCCUCCAACAACAAUUUCACAGAGUAGUUUCUACACACAGCUUCAAGCAUACUUGGCAACCACCGAAGGACAGAACUACUACAACGACAACUCGAUAGGAUACUUGAAUGGAACUCUCUACUUCAUGAGGAUCGAAGCUCUGGCUGUACAGAAACCAUUUCAAGGCUACGAGAAGACAAACCCAGUGUACAACCAGUGGGAAGACUUGAAAGACAACUACAACAAGGCAUCACAGACUGGAGUCAACAAUGUCAUACAAACAGGAGAGUUCCACUGGGCUUACUUGGCUACUGAGAAAGAAUUUGCAAACGGCGCUAUCACUGGAACUGCAAUGUCAUUAUCAUUUGCCUUUGUGGUCCUGAUCAUUUCCACUUUGAACAUUAUCACAGCUACAUAUGCUAUUGCUUCCAUCACCGGGAUCGUUAUAUCUGUUGUAGCUUUUAUGGAGAUCUUGGGAUGGACACUUGGAAUUCUCGAAUCCCUUGCCAUAGUCAUCCUGAUCGGAUUUUCAGUAGAUUAUGUUGUCCAUCUUGCCAACCAUUAUGUGGAAUCUGUUUAUGAGGAUAGGUAUAGAAGAAUGGAGGAAGCCCUGAGUAGCAUGGGUAUCAGUAUCUUCUCAGGAGCUAUUACAACCAUCGGAAGUGGAGUGUUCCUCUUCCUGGCAACCUUGGUGUUCUUCACUCAGUUUGCUGUGCUGAUUUUGAGUACUAUUUUAUUCAGCUUAUUCUUUGCACUUGUGUUCUUCACAGCUCUCAACCACUUGAUUGGACCUCAAAGAAAUCAAGGAAAUAUGAAGUAUUACGUAACAGAUCCUGCUAUCAAGUGGACAAAAAAGAAGCUGGAUGGAUGUUUCAGGAAACAGGAGGCUGAUGGCUCUCAACCCCCACAAGAUGCCGAAUCUCAUAACGAUCAAUAACUCUCCAACCUCGGCUAUCUUUUCAUUUUAAG